AUGGCGGUCGGCUUCUUCAAAAACUACAGGGUCUAUAUCCUGACCAGUGUAGCGUAUAUGGGCUCGCUGCUCUUUGGAUAUGAUACUGGCGUUAUGUCCUCAGUUCUAUCACUGGCUAGUUUCAAAAAGGAUUUCGGUCUCCCAACAGGCUCGACUGGCUUUGACAGCAAAACCAACGCACACAUCUCCCAAAAUGUCGUCUCUCUGCUCACUGCUGGCUGCUUCUUUGGUGCCAUAUUUGCUUCAGUCAUCAACGACAAGUUCGGACGCAGGAUUUCCUUACUUGGCUUCACAAUCGUUUUCAUGCUCGGCGCCAUCAUACAAGUCACAUCGCUCCAUCACAUCAGCCAGAUGUAUGGUGGCAGAUUCGUCGCUGGUCUGGGCAUUGGUGGAAUGUCUAGUAUUACUCCAAUAUUCGUAGCUGAAAACUGCCCACCACAAGUGAGGGGUAGAAUCACUGGGCUAUUCCAAGAGUUCUUGGUUAUUGGAUCUACAUUUGCGUACUGGUUGAAUUAUGGAGUGUCUUUACACGUGAAGCCAUCCACGUCUCAAUGGCGCAUUCCGGUCGGAAUCCAACUCAUUCCAGGGGGUAUGCUCUUUAUUGGACUCCUUUUCCUCAAGGAAUCUCCUCGAUGGCUUGCCAAGCAAGGCCGAUAUGAGGAAGCCACCGCAUCCCUUGCCUACAUGCGACGAGACGAUGUCAAUGACCCAGAGAUUCUGAAAGAAAUUGCCGAUAUCCGAGUCUCUAUCGAGGAAGAACUGCAGCUUACCGAAGGUGUAACAUGGAAAGAAUGUCUUAUCCCCGGCAACCGAAACCGAUUUGCAGUUGCCUUUACCAUCUUUCUAUGCCAGCAAUUCUCUGGAACGAACAGUAUUGGAUACUAUGCUCCUCAGAUCUUCCAAACUGUCGGCGUCAGCAAGACUAAUGCAUCUCUCUUCGCCACUGGUGUCUAUGGUACCGUGAAAGUCUGUGCUACUGGCUUGUUUCUAAUUGUUGGUAUUGAUAAGAUCGGACGAAGGAACUCGUUGCUAGGAGGCGCCCUAUGGAUGAUGACCAUGAUGUUCAUUCUUGGCGGUGUCCUGCACACUCAUCCUCCCAAGAACGUCAAUGUUGUGUCGCCUGCGUCCAUUGCCAUGGUUGUCAUGAUCUACCUUUAUGUUAUCGGCUACUCUGCAUCCUGGGGACCUAUUCCAUGGGUAUAUGUUUCCGAAAUCUUCCCCACUCGUCUCCGGUCCUACGGUGUUGGUCUCGCAGCCGCAACCCAAUGGCUCUUCAACUUCGCCAUCACCUACAUGACUCCAUCGGCCAUCUAUCAUAUCGGCUGGAGAAUCUUCCUAAUGUUCGGAAUCUUCUGCCUUGCCAAUUUCGCAUUCGUAUUCUUCUUCAUCAAGGAGACGAAAGGCAGGACUCUUGAGGAUAUGGAUGUCCUAUUCGGCACUGUCGAUGCAGAGAUCAGGGCUGCGGACAUCGAGAGGGUAUUGCACAAAGGCGAGCAUGACGAUCACGAGAUGGGCGAAGUUGGCACGAAGGCUCCGGUACCAGAGACGUCAGACGUGGAGAAUGUAGCAACUGGGGAUGAAAAGACUGUCUCCUAA